AUGGCCCAGGAUACUGAUGAUAUCAACUUGACUCCUCAAGAAUUACAAAUACUAUCUGAGUUAGACAGUCGGCAGUUUGGAUUUUUAAAAUUAAACUCACCAGAACAAACAAAGAAAAAAGCUUUAGUUGUUCGGGCAAUUAAAUAUUUAGAAAGGAUGCUUGUUCAAGCACAAGCUGAAAAGCAACGUAGGAAAGCAGAUAGUACAAAAAUGAAUCCUGAUGAAUUAAAGGAUGAUGAUGAAGAUAAAGGAAUUAGUAUUGAUCCAAAAACAUACUGUAAAUUAGGACAUUUUCACUUACUUCUAGAAGAUUAUAGCAAAGGUAAUUGA